GAGCCGUUCCUCCUCCUUCCCUCCAACGGCCGGCGGUUAGUCCUCCGGUUAGUCCUCCUCUCUCCUCCGGUUAGUCCUCCGGUUAGUCCUCCUCUCUCCUCCGGUUAGUCCGCCGGUUAGUCCUCCUCUCUCCUCCGUGAGCCUGUCAGCAGCAGUGUGUCUGUGUUCGUACCAGCAGCAGUGAUGAGCAGCAGAAGCCGCAGGUCCUGCACAAUGACCCGCUACAGCUUCCUGAGGAGAAGAGAGCUGGACGAACGACCGGACAGAGAGACUCUACAGAGGCCUGGAUGGACCAAAGACGAGGACGAGAAGCUGAAAAAGCUGAUAAAGGAGUUUGGAUCAAACAGCUGGUCUUCAGUUUCUUUUCAUUUUAAAGGUCAGAGGUCAGAUGUGGACUGUCAGAGGAGGUGGCAGCAGAUCAAGAAUCCGGAGGUGGUUAAAGGUCCGUGGACUCGAGAGGAGGACGAGGGGCUCAAUGGUCUGGUGUGGCGGUACGGCGUGAAGCGCUGGUCUCUGAUUGCUAAACACCUUCACAGUCGGAAUGGGAAGCAGUGCCGCGAGCGCUGGCACAACCACCUGAACCCGGAGGUGAAGAAGAGCAGCUGGACUCUGGAGGAGGACCGGGUCAUCUGUGACGCGCACCGGCUGCUGGGAAACCGCUGGGCCGAGAUCUCCAAGCUGCUGCCGGGCAGGACUGAUAACUCCAUCAAGAACCACUGGAACUCCACCCUGAAGAGAAGAGUGGAGAGGGAGGGAUACCUGAAGGUCCCGCUCCCCUUCAGCUCCUCAUCCUCCUCCUCCUCCUCUUCUUCCUCCUCCUCCUCCUCCUCCGUCACACCUUCACCCAGCAUGGCCAACAUCCCCACCAAGGCAGACAGUCUGUCCACUCUGAUGGACGAGUCCAGCUGCACCUCCAACGAUCAGAGCAUGUGCCGUCUCCAUAGCAACCAGGCACACCAGUGCUCCACCUGUGUCCCCGCUACCUCAGAUUAUGACUCCUCUCUGAGCAUGUGCGAGCUGGCCGCCCCCACAGAGCUGAUGGAGGAGAGUCCAGAGACCUGGAGCGGGGGCCUUCAGGAAGUGACCUCAUCACUCUCCACCUGCCUGUACAGAGAGCAGACCUACCUGUCAGUCCUGGAUCUCAGCAGGAGCCACGUAAGCAGACCAGCAUGUUUCCAUUUCUGUUGCACCUGUGAGACCUGUCCCCUGUCCAAAGAGAGUCCUCUUCAGUCUGUGAGACCUCCUCAGUCUGAGAGUCCUCUUCAGUCUGGGAGUCCUCCUCAGUCUGUGAGUCCUCCUCAGUCUGUGAGUCCUCCUCAGUCUGAGAGUCCUCUUCAGUCUGGGAGUCCUCCUCAGUCUGUGAGUCCUCCUCAGUCUGUGAGUCCUCCUCAGUCUGGGAGUCCUCCUCAGUCUGUGAGUCCUCCUCAGUCUGUGAGUCCUCCUCAGUCUGGGAGUCCUCCUCAGACUGGGAGUCCUCUUCAGUCUGUGUUCGGUCUGAAGGUUGCAGGUCUGAAGGUUGCAGGUCUGAAGGAGUGGCAGGGGAACAGUGAGGGCGGAGCUGCUGUCGUAGACUCCUCCCAAUCCUCUUGGAUCAGGAGCAGCACACAGAGAGCUCUGAGCUUCCCCCCCUCAGAGUUCUCCGGUCUGUGUGGUGUUGAGGAUCAGAUGUUCCAGCGCCCGGGUCUUACCUCCACCCCCGUGUGUUCCCUCAAACACUCUGCUAACAGCAGCCAGGACACCUCCUGUCUGCACUGCAGCCACAGCAAGACCCAGCAGACCCCCUCAGAGAUCAGAGACCGGAUCAGAGUCAUGAUGAUGUCAGCACCUCAGACACCGACUCCACUGAAGACCAGCAGAGGCAGCCACAUGGAGGGGUCAGCAGGCAGCACCAUGAGGACUGUGAAGGAUCCGGGGGUCGACUCCGACAGUCAGCAGUCCAGCAGCAGCUCUGAGGUGCAGGGAGAGAGUCUGCUGAUCCCCAUCAAGCAGGUCCAGAAGGAGUCCAUCUCCAUGUCCCUGAUUCAGGGGGAGUCCAGCUGUCUCCAAGAGAUUCAGAGAGAAUCUAACCCCAACCAGCACCAGGUCCAGGGAGAGUCCAUCUUGGUUCAGCAGGUCCAGGGAGAGUCCAGCUUGAUUCAGCAGGUCCAGGGAGAGUCCAGCUUGGUUCAGCAGGUCCAGGGAGAGUCCAGCUUGAUUCAGCAGGUCCAGGGAGAGUCCAGCUUGGUCCAGCUGGUCCAGGGAGAGUCCAGCUCUGUACCGGUCUGUGAGGAGUUGGGCUGCCUCUGGUUGGAGGGUCAGAUGGAGGUGUGGUGGUGUCAGCAGGCAGUGGGUGGCUCCCCUGAGAGUCCUGCAGACAGACCGACUCCCUUUGAGCUGAGCAGGGAGCUGCAGGAGGUGAUGUUUGGGAGAACAGACGAUCAGAAGAGUCUGACUGAGCAGGCCUGGCACUACGUGGAGCCCUGAUCCUCGGGCUCAGGUGGGUCUACUUGGGUCUGCUGGUCCUCCUCGGUCCCCCUGCUGAUCGCCUGUUUCAUGUCUUUGAUCCAAUCACAGGUGGAUCCUCCUCCUGAUCCUGACGUGGCGAAGAUCUGCACGCCGCUCGUUUAUCAGGACUACUAAGAUUUAAAGAUUUUAAAGUGAUGAUAUAAAAAGAGGGGGCGUGGCUUCAUGAUGGACAGCUGUGUUGUCCAAUGAGGUUCCUGCAGCGUCGUGUGCUCCGGAUCAUCAGAGGAGAGGAGGAACACUGAGAGGAAACGUAACAAACACCAACGCAGGAGUCACUGAACCUCAGGCUCCACCAGCUGAUCUCUGUUACCAAGGCAACGUGUGGGCACCCGUGACUCAGCCAGGUGGCGUUCAGGGCACAUUGGGGCAGUGAAGUUGAAGACAGCUGGAGACGUGAGGACCACCGAGAGACCAUGAGGCUGAGGACGGGGACACACACACACACACACACACACACACACACACACACAGGUUUGUUUUUCAGUACUUCAGAGGACCCUUACUUACAGAAAAACUCUAACUCUGAACCUGAUCCAGACCGGAUCCUUACACCUUUCCAUCCCUGAAUGUAGCGAGACUGAACACCCUGUAGUCCUCUGAACUCUCUGAGCAUAAAGGUUUAUAAAAACACUCUCCUCACUCACCACCAGGGCGUGAUCCACGCUGUAACCCUUAGCCGAGUGAGUCUUCACGUUCCCAGCGAUCGGAUACGACAUCCCAUGACUGCAGAGAGAGAGAGAGUUUAUUUUAACAUCUAUAACCACAGACUCUAUAACCCUCUGUGUGUUUGUAAACAGACUCUAUAACUCUGUGUGU